CCAAAGACGACAACAUCGACGUUCCUUAUUGAGUACUGUCAGAAUAUUUUUACCUGACAACUCAACUCCAAAAUAACCUUCAUAGAUUAAUGCCAACCAUGUACUGGUCUCCAUCCACAACCCUAUCGGAGCCCAAAGCGUUUCCGGCUAGAGGCCGACGACCCGGUCUUUGGCCCACUAUUAUGUAGCAUGACUUAUCGUGCGAAAUAUAUCAAGCCCCUCCUGCAAUGUGCCUUUGACCCAGUAUCUUCGACGACGUCUAUCGUGAUUUAUCUACCCAUUGACAAUGGCACCUUCAAUGUCCGUGGUAGUCUUCGGCGCCGGAGUCAUCGGCCUCACCACGGCGGUUGAACUGCUCCGCCAGCAUCCAACAGCUUCUAUCACUGUGGUUGCCAAACACCUCCCAGGAGACCAGUCCUCCAAUGAUUACUGUUCUAGCUGGGCAGGCGCAAAUUGGAUUUCUUACGAUGACAAAUUGGGGGCCCAGACCGACUACGAAUAUGUUGCUUUUCAGCGAUUUUUAACUAUUGCUGCAAAUUUUGCUAGGCAAAGUGGUGUGAAAAGGUUCCCACUUCGUUUAGUAUAUGAUGAGGACGAUAUAAAAAAACAUGGAACAGAACAAAUUCAGCAGAAGUGGUAUGAAGACCUAGUUGGUGGCGUGACGGAGGUUCCAAAGGAGGAGUUGCCAGCUUGGGCGAGUUUUGGCUUAGAUCUCACAACGUUUAUGAUCAACCCUAGCAUCUAUCUCGCUUGGUUACAAUCACAUCUUCUAGAAGCAGGAGUGAUGUUUCUUCGAAGAUCCUACAAACACAUUGAUCAAGUUUUUGAAGACUUUUCCAAUGCUUUUGCCAUAUUUAAUUGCACCGGCUUGGGUGCGAGAACACUAGGCGGUAUUGAGGAUAAAAGGGUCUAUCCUAUCAAGGGCCAAACGUUGCUCCUUUCCGAGCCCAAGAUCCCAUUAUCACGCAUGUAUAUGCACAAAAUAAAUAAUGACGAGUUCACCCACAUUUUCCCUCGCCCACUCGGUGGUGGCAUCAUCGUCGGAGGUAUUCGGUUGCAUCAUGACUAUAAUGACCAACCGGAUAUGGACCUAGCUAAAAGAAUUAAGCGACGGGCCUGUGAGCUUUGUCCCGAAUUAGGGAAUCCAAACGAGCUCACAGUUAUUCGACACAAUGUUGGAUUUAGACCGAGCCGAAAAGGCGGCGCCCGCAUUGAAAAAGAGCAGCGACACGGCAAGUGGCUUAUCCAUAACUAUGGGGCCGGAGGGACAGGGUAUCAGGCUUCGUGGGGAAUGGCGCAGCAUGCCGUGGAUUUAUUGCCAAAAGAUGUCGCGAAUAGAGCGAAUCUGUGA